CCGCCGCCCGCGCCCGGCCGCCCGCAGCCGGAGCCGCACCCUCCGCGGACGGAGCCCAUGCGCUGGGCGAGCCGCGCACCCCGGCCCCGGCCCCUUUCCCCGCCCCCGCCCCGGCCCCGGCCUGGAGGGCAGUCGCGCCAGUGAGCGGUGGGACAGGAGACCGCCACAGUGCCCUGUGCUCCAUCCCUUGAGGAGCGAUGACAGAAUAUAAGCUUGUGGUGGUGGGUGCUGGAGGUGUGGGGAAGAGUGCCCUGACCAUCCAGCUCAUCCAGAACCACUUCGUGGAUGAGUAUGACCCCACCAUCGAGGACUCCUAUCGGAAGCAAGUGGUUAUCGAUGGCGAGACGUGCCUGCUGGACAUUUUGGACACGGCGGGCCAGGAAGAAUAUAGCGCCAUGCGGGACCAGUACAUGCGCACCGGAGAAGGCUUCCUGUGUGUGUUUGCCAUCAACAACACCAAGUCCUUCGAGGACAUCCACCAGUACCGGGAGCAGAUCAAGCGAGUGAAGGACUCCGAUGACGUGCCCAUGGUGCUGGUGGGGAACAAGUGUGACCUGGCUGCCCGCACCGUGGAGUCCCGGCAGGCGCAGGACCUCGCCCGCAGCUAUGGCAUCCCCUACAUCGAGACGUCGGCCAAGACGCGCCAGGGCAGCCGCUCUGGCUCUGGCUCCAGCUCCGGGACCCUCUGGGACCCUCCGGGACCCCCGUGACCCAGCGGCCCCUAGCGCUGGCGUGGAGGAUGCCUUCUACACGCUGGUGCGAGAGAUCCGGCAGCACAAGGUGCGAAAGCUGAGCCCGCCUGACGAGGGUGGCCCCGGCUGCAUGAGCUGCAAGUGCCUGCUCUCCUGACGUCCCUUCCAGGCCCCCCCUGACAUCCUCACAGGCCCUCUGUGCCCCAGCAGCACAGGCAGGGGGCGUGGAGGUGCCGGAUGCCGGGAGGAGGUGCCGAUGGAGGAAGGGGGAGGGGAAGGAAGGAAGGAAGCGCCACCGGAGCCCGGCCGCCCAGGCUCCCUGGACAGAGUGACCACAGACCUCCCAGGACGCUUUGCACAGACUGUGCUGAACUGAGGCCACCGGCACCCUGGCUGUCACUCUCCUCCCAGCCCCGUCCUGGCCCUUUGGCCACAGGCUGAGUUGCAGUAAAUUAUUGGAUGGUCUUGAC